AUGUAUGGAUAUCCGCUAAAUGUCCUUCUAGAUGUUGAGAAAUUUAUAGCAUCUGUAGCUGACGUGUGCUGGUUGGAUAAAGAGAAGAAGAUAAAGUCUUUGGCAGAAAGAUACAAAGAUAUAUGGAAUACUGUUCCUGAUAAUAAUUAUGCCUUGGAGGAUGACAUGCUCACGACUCAUAUGUCUUUUUCAAAGCGGUAUUUUAGCGAUAUCAUGGAGCCAUUUGAAGAUGUAAUAUACCCCAAGGGAGAUCCUGAUGCUGUUUCUAUAAGUAAAAGAGAUAUUGAACUAUUAGAGCCGGAUACAUUUAUUAAUGACACAAUAAUUGACUUCUACAUCAAGUACCUGCAGAAUAAGGUUCAACCAAUUGAGAAAAAAAGGUUCCACUUUUUCAACAGUUUCUUCUUUCGGAAACUGGCUGAUCUUGACAAAGAUCCAGGAAGUAUUUCAGAAGGGAGGGCAGCAUUUCAACGGGUUCGGAAAUGGACACGCAAAUUAAAUAUAUUUGAAAAGGAUUACAUAUUUAUUCCAGUUAACUUCAAUCUUCACUGGAGCUUGCUUGUCAUUUGCCACCCUGGUGAAAUAAUCACUUUUAGAGAUGAUGAUCUAAAGAGCUCUCCCAAAGUUCCUUGCAUUUUGCAUAUGGAUUCCAUCAUAGGAAGUCAUAGUGGUCUUAAAGAUCUCAUCCAAAGUUACCUUUUGGAGGAGUGGAAGGAAAGACAUCCAGAGUUGACUGAUGAUAUUACACCAAGAUUCUCAAAUCUUAGAUUUGUCUCUCUUGAGUUGCCGCAACAAGAAAACUCAUUUGAUUGUGGACUGUUUCUGUUGCAUUAUGUGGAGUUAUUCUUGGAAGAAGCUCCUGUUUAUUUCAACCCAAGCAGGAUCACCGUGUUAUCAAAUUUUCUUAGUGCAGAUUGGUUUCCACCUGCUGAGGCUUCUUUUAAACGGUUUCACAUCCGUGGGUUGUUAUAUGAACUUCUAAGAGAUUCAUCUCAAAAAUUAACUCCCACUUGUAGCAAUGGUGAUUUCCCCUGCUCUGGUGAUGAUGUCGAUCAAGGUGUGGAGUUUCUUUCUGCAGAGGACAGCCCAUCGAAAUUAGUUAAUGGGUCAGCUUCAACUCCUCUUUGUGCAACUCCAGAUGAUAAUUUUGAACAUACAGCUAGUUUUGAAUCUACUCCUACAACAUGCAUUAUGGAGGAACUUGGGGAUGCCAAAGUUAGCACAACAGAGCAUCUGCUUGGGGAAGGGAAUGAAGAGUCUUCAGAUAAUCUAGUUGGUGUGAUCAAGGACCAAAAUGGUUGCCAACCACAUGUUGGUAGCCCAACUUCUCAGAUCUGUUCGGCGUCAUAUUGUGUGAACAAUGUGGGAUCUUCUGAAUUGCCCUCUAUCUCUGACCAAGUACAGGAGGAAAUUGUAGAUAAUUUAUCUACAAGAUCGAACGGCCAACUUGUUAUCUCAAAUGAGACAGAUGUAGAUGUACCUCAAAAGCUUGCACCAGUUGUCGAUGAUGGCGCUUUUGUGCCAGAUAGCCCUAAUACAUCUAAUGAGAAUCUUAAAGAAUACCUGAAAAAUUCACUGGAAAUAGAUGAUUGUAAUUUGGAGGUUAAGAGCCAUGAUGAAGAGUGUGAUAAUGAUGAAAAAUUUCUCGAAACUUACACAAAUGAUACUGAAACAAGACAUGAAGAAGAGUGUGAAAAUCCUGAUACUUCAUUAACUGAGAAUGGUAAAGCUGAGCAUUUUCUAGAAAAGAAGAGGAGAGCCGAAGAAGUCUCUGAUGAUCAGGAGAACCAUAUUGUGAACGAAAUAAGCAAUGAAGCUAUUAAAGACGAUCCCCAUUUUCAUGACUCGGAGAUGGUUGAGGUAAUUUCCUUAGACAACGAUGUUAUUCAGCCUAAAAGGAGCAAAAUAUCUGGAUCUGUACAGCAAUCCUCCAAACGCAGGAAGGUUGUGCACCAGGGCAUUGUACGCAGGAUCACCCGAAGCUCUUCGAAAGAGUGUGCUUCAUGACAUGUUCAGUACAAUAUAGAAGCUCCAGAAGAUUGAUCUGUACAUGGUCAGUGAAGCAAGAAUUACUACGGGUUUCAGUGUCCUUAAUGGCCACCUGUUUAGUAUGAAGUGGUUGAUGCCAUGUUUUGUUUCAUAAAUAUAUAGUUGCUUAUUUUCUUUAAUGUCUCCAUUUCGCUUCGGGCAACAUAUCUGUAUCUUUUUUUUUUACUUGAUGUGCUUCAACUGUGUAAGUGGAAUGAGAAGUUUUAUAGUGUCAUGAAAGGGAAAUUGUUGGCUGAUUGUUUAGUGAAGUGAAACUUGGAUUGAUAUGGCUUGUGACUGAUUUUUCUGCUUA